GCCGACGGCGGUGGCGGCUGUGGCGGCGACUGUGGGGGCGGGGGGGCGGGGAGCCUUGGUCGAGGCGACCGUGGCUGUUAGGCACCCUCGACUGGCGGCGGUGACGGCUCCUGGGGCGGCGGGGCGCUCGGCCAGCUCUCUAGGUCGGAACGGAACGCUCGGCCUCGCGGGCCCCGCCCGGAAAGUUUGCAGUGGAGCCGCGACCUCCUGGCCGGCGCGGCCCAGCAUGAAGCGGCGCUGAGGAGCCGCCGCGGCCGCCGGAGGAGGAGGCGCUGCACCCCGGGCCACGCCGAUGACUACUGCAAACUGUGGCGCCCACGACGAGCUCGACUUCAAACUCGUCUUCGGCGAGGACGGGGCACCGGCGCCGGCGUCCCAGGUCUCGCGGCCUGCAGAUCUUGAACCAGAUGAUUGUGCAUCCAUUUACAUCUUUAAUGUAGAUCCACCUCCAUCUACUUUAAACUCAUCCCUUGGCUUACCACAUCAUGGACUGCUGCAGUCUCACUCUUCUGUUUUGUCACCAUCAUUUCAGCUCCAAGGUUACAAAAAUUAUGAAGGAACUGGUGAUAUUUCUGAAUCUAAAUAUAGCCCAUUAGGUGGUCCUAAACCCUUUGAGUGCCCAAGUAUUCAAAUUACAUCCAUCUCUCCUAACUGUCAUCAAGGAACAGAUGCUCAUGAAGAUGACCUACAUAUAAAUGACCCAGAAAGGGAAUAUUUGGAAAGGCCUUCUAGAGAUCAUCUCUAUCUUCCACUUGAGCCAUCCUACCGGGAAUCUUCCCUUAGUCCUAGUCCUGCCAGCAGCAUUUCUUCUAGGAGCUGGUUCUCAGAUGCAUCUUCUUGUGAAUCUCUCUCACACAUUUAUGAUGAUGUGGACUCAGAGUUGAAUGAAGCUGCUGCAAGAUUCACUCUUGGCUCACCUCUGACUUCUCCAGGUGGCUCUCCAGGAGGUUGCCCUGGAGAAGAGUCCUGGCAUCAACAGUAUGGAUCUGGACACUCCUUGUCACCUAGACAAUCUCCUUGCCACUCUCCUAGAUCCAGUAUCACUGAUGAGAAUUGGCUGAGCCCCAGACCAGCCUCAGGACCCUCAUCAAGGCCCACUUCUCCCUGUGGUAAACGACGGCACUCCAGUGCUGAAGUAUGUUAUGCUGGUUCCCUUUCACCCCAUCACUCGCCUGUUCCAUCCCCUGGUCACUCCCCUAGAGGAAGUGUAACAGAAGAUACCUGGCUCACUGCUCCUGUCCACACUGGAUCAGGCAUCAGCCCUGCACCGUUUCCAUUUCAGUACUGUGUAGAGACUGACAUCCCUUUGAAAACAAGGAAGACCUCUGAAGAUCAAGCUGCCAUACUACCAGGAAAAUUAGAGGUCUGUUCAGAUGAUCAAGGGAGCUUAUCCCCAUCCCGGGAGACAUCGGUAGAUGAUGGCCUUGGAUCUCAGUAUCCUUUAAAAAAAGAUUCAUCUGGUGACCAAUUUCUUUCAGUUCCUUCACCCUUUACCUGGAGCAAACCAAAGCCUGGCCACACCCCUAUAUUUCGCACAUCUUCAUUACCUCCAUUAGACUGGCCUUUACCAACUCACUUUGGACAAUGUGAACUGAAAAUAGAAGUGCAACCUAAAACUCACCACAGAGCCCAUUAUGAAACUGAAGGUAGCCGAGGGGCCGUGAAAGCCUCUACUGGUGGCCAUCCUGUUGUGAAGCUCCUGGGCUAUAGUGAAAAGCCAAUAAAUCUACAGAUGUUUAUUGGAACAGCCGAUGAUAGAUAUUUACGACCUCAUGCAUUUUAUCAGGUGCAUCGAAUUACUGGAAAGACAGUUGCUACUGCAAGUCAAGAGAUAAUAAUCGCCAGCACAAAAGUUCUGGAAAUCCCACUUCUACCUGAAAAUAAUAUGUCAGCAAGUAUUGACUGUGCAGGUAUUUUGAAGCUCCGCAACUCAGAUAUAGAACUUCGAAAAGGAGAAACUGAUAUUGGCAGAAAAAAUACUAGAGUCCGACUUGUAUUUCGUGUGCACAUCCCACAGCCCAGUGGAAAAGUCCUUUCUCUACAGAUAGCGUCUAUUCCGGUUGAGUGCUCCCAGCGAUCUGCUCAAGAACUCCCUCACAUUGAGAAAUACAGUAUAAGCAGUUGCUCUGUCAGUGGAGGCCAUGAAAUGAUUGUGACUGGAUCUAAUUUUCUUCCAGAAUCCAAAAUCAUCUUUCUUGAAAAAGGACAAGAUGGAAGACCUCAUUGGGAGGCUGAAGGAAAAAUAAUCAGAGAAAAAUGUCAAGGGGCUCACAUUGUCCUUGAAGUUCCUCCCUAUCAUAACCCAGCAGUCACAUCUGCUGUGCAGGUGCACUUUUAUCUUUGCAAUGGCAAGAGGAAAAAAAGCCAGUCUCAACGUUUUACUUACACACCAGUUUUGAUGAAGCAAGAACAAAGAGAAGAUACUGAUUUGUCUUCAGUUCCAUCUUUGCCUGUGCCUCAUUCUGCCCAGACCCAGAGGCCUUCCUCAGAGACAGGGCACCCCCAUGACAGUGCAUUGUCAGCACCGAGAAGCUUGAUUUGUCCAAUGCAGCCAGCAUACGCAUCUAUGAUAACCUCUACCCAUUUGGCACAGUUGCAGUGUAGGGAUGAAGGUGCUGGUAAAGAACAGCACAUAAUACCAUCUUCAGUCAUGCACCAGCCUUUUCAAGUUACACCAACAUCUCCUGUGGGGUCUUCCUAUCAGUCUAUACAAACUAAUAUGUAUAAUGGUCCAACUUGUCUUCCUAUGAAUCCUGCCUCUAGUCAAGAAUUUGAUCCAGUUUUGUUUCAGCAGGAUGCAGCUCUUUCUAGUUUAGUAAAUCUUGGCUGUCAACCACUGUCACCAAUAUCAUUUCAUUCUUCAAAUUCAGAUGCAACAGGACAUCUCUUAGCACAUUCACCUCAUUCUGUGCAAACCCCACCUCAUCUGCAGUCAAUGGGAUACCAUUGUUCAAAUGCAGGACAGAGAUCUCUUUCUUCUCCAGUGGCAGACCAGGUCACAGGUCAGCCACCUUCUCAUUUACAGCCUAUUACAUAUUGUACUUCACAUCCAGGAUCUGCUACAGCAGCUUCCCCAGCAGCCUCUCAUCCCCUGGCUAGUUCACCGAUUUCUGGGCCAUCAUCCCCUCAGCUGCAGCCUAUGCCUUAUCAAUCUCCUAGCUCAGGAACUGCCUCGUCACCAUCUCCAGCUACCAGAAUGCAUUCUGGACAGCACUCGACUCAAGCACAAAAUACAGGUCAAGGAGGUCUUUCUGUACCUUCCUCCUUAGUAUGUCACAGUUUGUGUGACCCAGCAUCAUUUCCACCUGGUGGUGCAGCUGUGAGCAUUAAACCUGAACCUGAAGAUCAAGAACCUAACUUUGCAACCAUUGGUCUACAGGAUAUCACUUUAGAUGAUGACCAGUUUAUAUCUGACUUGGAACACCAGCCAUCAGGUUCAACAGAGAAAUGGCCUAAUCACAGUGAGUUCUCAUGUCCAGUUCCUUUCUGGAGAAUCUAGAGGUGAACGAGAUUAUUGGGAGAGACAUGUCCCAGAUUUCGGUUUCCCAAGCCCCAGAGGUGAUCAGAGACGCUCCUCUCCCAGGUCUGGAGUCCCCAGAUCUAAUGAGCUCUAACAGUGCUCAGUGAAGCUUUGUGUCACCACCAACUGCUCAGCCUGCUUCUCUCCCAGAACUUAGGUUCCAGCCAGACUUAAGAAUCUGUUGCAGGAGUUGGACUCACUGUGGGAAAAGCAGCCUUCCUUCACCUUAAGCCUUGGGCAGAUUUUGUAAAAGAACAGGAAGAGCAUCAGCGGUUUAAGCUGUGGGAAAAUGAGCUUUGCUUUUAUAUAUAUAUAUAUAUAUAUUUAAAUAGGAUACUUUUAUAUGAUGGGUGCUUUGAGUGUGAAUGCAGCAGGCUCUAUUUCAGAGGUGCUGCUCUUGCAGGUGACCUGGUUGCAUAGCUAGGAUUAGUAAUUUGUACUGCUUUCUGGUCAUUUGAAGAGCCUUUUAGUUUUGAUAUUUUUAAAAUAGAACUUUUGAUAAAAACCUUCCAGAUGCA